AUGAAUGAAAAAGAAAGCAUCGUUACAGAUUUUAUAGAUAUUAAAAGGAUAUUAAGAUAUUAUGACUGUCGCGGCCGGUGUGACAAUUCUAGAACAGGGGAUGGCAAAUCUGAGAUUGAGACCUCACAACACAGAAUUACUGGAAAAGCUGCAUUUCAUAGUGAAAUGAAGGGAAAAGAUACAAGAGGUGAUUCAUUGUAUUCUAUUUUAGAAGAGCUGUGGCAAGACGCUGAACAGAUAGAGAGAGAUCAAGAAAAGCAAAACAAACCUCUGAGUCAUGCUGCUUUCAUCAAUAAGAAAAUAUUGACUACAGAGUGGAAUUAUGAACAUAAAAGCAUUGAAAAAUUUCUUCAUCCAAGCUCAAAUCUUAUUCCUUCACAGAAAAGACUCCAUAAACGUGACUUAGUUGGAAAGAGUUUUAAGCAUAAUUUAGACUUAUGUAUUCAUAAUAAAAACAAUGCAACAAAGAACUUUGAUAAAAUUAUUGGACAUGGUCAGAUUUUUACCCAGACCUCUUCCUAUACUAGCCAUGAAAAUAAUCAUACAGGAGUGAAAUUAUGUGGAAGUAAUCAGUGUGGAAAACUCCUCAGCCUCAAACGUGCACUCAGUCAAAACCUGAAAUUUCCUGUUGGGGAGAAAGCAAACACACGUACUGAAUUUGGGAAGAUCUUUGCCAAUAAGUCACACCUUUUUUCAGCUCAGGGAAUUCAUACAGUGGAAAAACCUCAUGAACUUAGCAAAUGUGCAAAUGUUUUUACACAGAAGCAGCUAUUCAGUAUAUAUCUGAGAGUUCAUAGAGAUGAAAAACUACAUGUAUGUACUGAAUGUGGGAAGGCUUUCAUGCAGAAUUCAGAAUUAAUUAUGCAUGAGAAAAUUCAUACUAGAGAGAAACCCUACAAAUGCAAUGAAUGUGGAAAAUCAUUUUUCCAGACGUCAUCUCUGUUUAGGCAUCAGACAACUCAUACUGGAGAAAAACUGUAUGAAUGCAAUGAAUGUGGGAAAGGCUUCUCCUUGAACUCAGCUCUCAAUAUACAUCAGAAAAUUCAUACUGGAGAAAGACAUCACAAAUGUAGUGACUGUGGAAAAGCCUUUACUCAAAAAUCAACACUCAGGAUGCAUCAGAGAAUCCAUACAGGAGAGAGAUCCUAUAUUUGUACUGAAUGUGGACAGGCCUUCAUCCAGAAGGCACACUUGAUUGCACAUCAAAGAAUUCAUACUGGAGAAAAGCCUUAUGAAUGUAAUGACUGUGGAAAAUCCUUCCCUUCCAAGUCACAACUCCAGAUGCAUAAGCGAAUCCAUACAGGAGAGAAACCCUACAUAUGUACUGAAUGUGGGAAGGCCUUCACCAACAGGUCAAAUCUCAAUACUCAUCAGAAAGCUCAUACUGGAGAGAAGUCGUAUAUAUGUGCUGAAUGUGGGAAGGCCUUCACUGACAGAUCAAAUUUCAAUAAACAUCAAACAAUUCAUACUGGAGAGAAACCCUAUGUUUGUACAGAUUGUGGAAGGGCCUUCAUCCAGAAGUCAGAGUUAAUUACACAUCAGCGAAUUCAUACUACAGAGAAGCCUUAUAAAUGUACUGACUGUGAGAAGUGUUUCUCCAAGAAACCACAUCUCAAAGUACAUCAGCGAAUUCACACCGGAGAGAAACCAUACAUAUGUGCAGAAUGUGGGAAAGCCUUCACUGACAGAUCAAAUUUCAAUAAACACCAGACAAUUCAUACUGGAGAUAAACCCUAUAAAUGCAGUGACUGUGGAAAGGGUUUCACACAGAAAUCAGUUCUUAGUAUGCAUCGCAAUAUUCAUACAUGA